AUGACUUUGGAAUUGAUGAAUCAUUUUCAUCGGAAUAUUACUGGGAAACUUGCUUGGGUUGAUCUUCCAACUAAUCCAUGGAAACAAGUCAUUAUCCCUCUUGCCUGGGCAUCAAAGACAGUCCUGCACGCUGUGUUGGCACUUUCAUCCGAAGACAUGGCUUCAAAAUUCGAGCAAAGCCACCCUCGCUGUCAUUAUUUACAACGCGUUUCCUUGUAUCUGCGAAAUCAGGCUUUAGCUUCAUUGGCGGAGCAGAUUGGCCGUAUGAGACAGGAUCCUUCUUCGGGACUUGAUCCAAUCCAAACGCAAUACGCUCUAGCGUCAACACUAAUAUUAUAUAAUGUGGAACUGCUCGGAGCAGAGUCUCUUAAAUGGAGAAUGCAUCUUCAGGCUGCAAGAGUGAUCCUACAGUGGAAAGAACAAGCCUUUCCCCAUCCUGUCCUCUCGGAUGAGAUUGAUUCAUUUCUUCUCUACGAGCAGUACUAUGCGAGUGUCUUUGCUGGUCUUACAACUUUCGAUACACCACCAGACUCGGAGAAGGUCAUUCAAUAUGCGGAUAGCACUGCCAUCUUCAGCGAUUUCGUGAACAUCAUCAACCGAGUCACUCGGACUGAGCGGCUGCAGUAUGGACGCAAACAUACACAUGAUCCAGCUUUGCUUGAAACCAUGAUUCAAGAGCUAAACGAAGCGAAGUAUCGGAUGGCCCAAUUUGGACACAUACUCCCCUUUCAGACUGAAAAUGCACGCAUAAGCUUCAUGCAUCUUGUCUGCAUCUUUCAUCAUGCUAGUUUGAUAUACAUCUACCAUGUGUUGAUGGAUGACCCCUCAACCUCCAAACUGCAAGCCUUGAGAGACUCGAUCCUGGAUCAUUCGUUAUCUCUCCCUGAUAAACGUGCUUUUGCUUGUGAUUUGGUGUGGCCUCUGUUUAUUGCAGGAACGGAAUGCCGAGAUUCACUAGAAAAACAGGAGAUUGUGGCUCAUGAGAUUGAAGUCGUGAUGGCAAUUAGUGGUACUUUGGAUCGACGUAAAGUGUUGUCGUUCUUACGGCAGUUCUGGUCAUUGGGGCAAAAUAGGAGUAUUACUUGGAUUCAACUUAUGAGGGAGCAGGGUCCAGAUUGUCAGAUGUUGAUCCUAUGA